CGACCGCUUUCAAUCGAUGUGGCGCUGAUUUUAUGGAGAUUUGCGUUCCUUGCUCUCCUCCGCGUCCGGUUCGUUCCGGCAUCUCCGCCACAUGCGUCCGCCAUUAUUGUUAACAACUAUAUAAAGUGAUAACUCGGGCAUAGCUUUUCAGUUUAUUCCUAAUCGCACAGAAAGCAAACCAAAGCAAUUCAAUCGAAAUUCGUUAUAUUAACUUUUAAUUCAAAUUCAAUAAAUUGUGUUAUAGUGAACCAUAAUAUGGAUUAUUCUAUCAAAUUUAUUUUUAAUUUUAUUUUGGUAUCAUUAUUUAUCACAAUUUCCUUUGCUCAAUACAACCCUACAAUUCUUCAAGAUACUAGAAACGAGCCAAAAGUAGAUGGUACCUUCGGAUUCCUCUACCGUACGGAAGACGGCAUUUCUCAUGCUGCAAAGGGUGAGCCCGGUGGGCAUGUAGUCGGCCGCUUCACUUACACCGACCCAACGGGUCUUAAAGUGAACUUCAAUUACAACGCUGGAUCAGGAGUAACUCCUAAGUAUAACUACAAUGCUGCUCCAGUUGCCAGUGCUCCAGUCUACAACAAUCAAGGAAUAGUUCAAGAAGAGCGAAGAACCAAACCACCUGCACUACAACAACAACAACAGCAGCAACCAAUUCAACAAUAUCAACAACCACAACAGCAAUAUUACGCACAGCCUGUUCAACAACAACCUCAACCUCAACCUCAACAACAACCAAUUCAACAAAAUUUCAACUAUCAACCAGUUCAAAAUUAUCAACCAGCUUUCCAACCAGUUUAUCAACCACAGCCACUUCAACCUCAAGGACUUCAACACCCUUUGGCAAAUUUACAGCAGGAUCCUUAUCUUCCCGAAGAUGAUGGCACUUAUCAUCCUGAAUUAGACGCGCAGUAUGAGUAUCAUGAUAGUGAUAACACUGUGAACAACAAUGUUAAUAAUCAAUUUGUUGGGUUUGGUAAAAAAUAACACAUGGUAAGAAUAACUAUAAAAAAAUAUAUUAUGUAAAAUUACUUGUAUUUCGUAAUUACAUGUACGAUUGUAUAUAGAUUUUGUGAGUGAGUUAAAUUUUUGCGGCAAGUAAAGUCUUCAAAGCAAAAA